AUGCCAGCUCCAGCGAGCAAACUGAAGUCGUUUGGCAAAAAUCGUCGGGAGGCGAAGCAGCCGACGACCACCUACGAUGCGGACGGCAACUGGGUGGGCAGCGCAUCUCACCAGGACACGAUGCGCCAGAUUCGAAACAAACUCUUCGACACCUACUACGGCUCUCUGCAGCAGUUAGGCCGUGUCGCAGCACGUAGCGUAGAUCCGACCGCAGCCCCUUCUGCCUCUACCUCCUCCUCGUCCCCAGCACAGGGGGUGUCCGAGGAGAUUGCUGCCGCGCUUUGGGAAAAGGAGAUGGAGCUGUUCCGCACCCCGCUCUUGACGACCUUCUGGAUCAACGACACCGAUCCUCUGGCUGGACGGGUACGGGCGUACAUGCAGUCCCUCGACGCCUCGCUCGUGGAGCCCAUCUCGUGGUACCCGAUCGAAGGCAUGGGAUGGCGUAUCCUGGCCGAUAAGACGGAGUUCCGCAAGCGACCGGAGAUGCAGCCGCUGCGGCAGUACCUGAUUCAGCAAACGGCACUCGGUACGAUCAGCCGGCAGGAGGAGGUUUCGAUGAUUCCACCGUUUCUGCUGGACAUUCAACCGAAUGACGUGUGCUUGGACAUGUGCGCCUCGCCUGGGUCGAAGACGGCCCAGAUGCUGGUGGCGCUUGGCCGACACAAGGUGGUGCCCUUUGAAUCGGAUGCCUGUCCUUUCCCAUUUCGGUACGACAGCGACGGGCUGGUGAUUGCGAAUGAGCUGGAUACGAAGCGGGCGAACAUGCUUGUUCAUCAGGUAAAGCGGCUGCGUCUCCUCUUUCCUUUCGCGCUCUUCACGAACCACGACGCCCGCUACUUUCCGGAGAUAAAAGUGGGGCCGUCGACCGCCCAGACGGAGACGAACGGGGUGGGAGAAGGUGACGUCUUGCGCUUCGAUAAAAUUCUGUGCGACGUCGUCUGCUCCGGCGACGGCACGCUGCGGAAGGCGCCGCAUAUCUUCAAGUUGUGGUCGCCCAAGGAGGCCAUCAACCUGCAGAAGCUGCAGAUCCAAAUUGCCCUGCGCGCCUGCCACCUCCUGCGCAUCGGUGGUCGUCUUGUCUACAGCACGUGCUCGCUGAACCCAGUCGAGAACGAGGCGGUGGUGGCCCAAAUUGUACACCGCACGCGUGGGGCGAUGCGUCUCGUGGACGCUCGUGCCCUCCUGCCCCACCUCGCGUGUGCACCGGGCAUGUCGUCGUGGACCGUGACGGAUGCGAAGGGACGCGUCUAUGAGCAGCCGGAGGGCAACAUGCACGAGGCGCUCUUCCCUCCGCACACGCCCGGCGGGUACAGCUCCCCGGCGGUGGAGGCGCUGGAUUUGGCGCUGUGCAUGCGGCUGUUGCCGACGCACUGCAAAGGCGGCGGUUUCUUCGUGGCCGUCUUGGACAAGGUCAGCGAAUUCCGUCUGAAGAAGCUGGAGGCACUGAAGGCAGAGACCGAGCCUGGAAACGCGGUCGUCGUCAACGGGGUCAGUGCGCCUGCGGUGUCCUCGCCUGUAAAGAAGGAAAAGAAGGAGGCGCUGGCGGCAUUGGCUGGUGCUGAUGACGCGGACGCCGACGCGCUGGAAGCGGAGCUGACGGUGGCCCCGCAGCCCACAAAGCCCCGCUCCCUCCCACCGCAGUUUGUGGCGGCACCGCAAGAAAUUCAAAGGACGAUCACCGACUUCUACGGCAUUCCGCAGUUCCCGAUGGACCUGCUCUUUGUGCGCACCGCGCAGGGUGCGCGAGAGCUGCGGCUGUCGCAGGGCUCUGUGUGCAGCAUCGUGUCCCGCCAGGCAGCGGCGGUGCUGCGGCACAAGACGGACUCCGUCGUGAUUGUGUCGGCGGGGCUGCGCGUCAUCGCGUUCGAGUGUCUGGACAAGGGUUGGCGCAUCGCCAGCGAAUCGGCGGUGCUGUUUGCGAAGCUGAUGCGCCACUCCGCACGGCUGGUGCGUGUGCCGGUGUCGUUCAUUCAAGACAUGGUGGCGCACGGCGGCAAGCUGAAAGAGAAAUUGUUUGAAAAGAUCAACGAUGCGGCGCUGCGGAGCAAGCUGGAGAGUUUCCCCAUCGGCACGCUGCUUCUGGAGAUUGAGGCUCCCAAGGCACAGGGUGGGGUGUUCUAUUCCGUAGCUCUUCGCGCACGGUCGCGCAUUCAGCUCCUGGUGGAUCACGAGGAUUUGGAGGGCAUGCAGCUACGACUGGGGGAGGAGCCGGUGGUACAAGAAAAGGAUGACAAGGAAGAGGUCACCGCGGACGUCGAGGAACAAAAGGGAGGUUUGUAA